AUGGGUCGAAUGCACAGUGCUGGGAAGGGUAUUUCGAAGAGUGCUUUGCCAUACAGGCGGUCUGUACCGUCAUGGCAAAAGAUGUCUGCUGACGAGGUGAAGGAGCACAUAUACAAGCUUGCUCGUAAAGGCCUGCCUCCCUCACAAAUUGGUGUGAUCCUGCGUGAUAGCCACGGUGUUGCUCAGGUUCGCUGGCUUGCUGGAAAUAAAAUUCUACGAAUCUUGAAGUCGAAAGGUCUGGCUCCAAGCAUCCCGGAGGACCUGUACCAGCUUGUGAAGAAGGCGGUGGCAAUUAGAAAGCAUUUGGGACGUAACCGUAAGGACAAGGACUCCAAGUUUCGCCUGAUUUUGGUGGAAAGUCGGAUUCAUAGGUUAGCACGGUACUACAAAACCUGUCGGGUUCUUCCCCCUAACUGGAAGUACGACAGUGCUACAGCUUCUACGCUAAUCGCUUAA